AUGCGUGAGAUUGUUCACAUCCAGACCGGCCAGUGCGGUAACCAAAUCGGUGCCGCCUUUUGGCAGACCAUCUCUGGCGAGCACGGUCUCGACAGCAAUGGUAUCUAUGGAGGCUCUUCCGAGCUCCAGCUCGAGCGCAUGAACGUCUACUUCAACGAGGCCAACAACAACAAGUAUGUUCCUCGCGCUGUCCUCGUCGACCUUGAGCCCGGCACCAUGGACGCCGUCCGUGCCGGUCCUUUCGGUCAGCUCUUCCGACCCGACAACUUCAUCUUCGGCCAGUCCUCUGCCGGCAACAACUGGGCCAAGGGUCACUACACCGAGGGCGCCGAGCUCGUCGACAACGUCCUUGACGUGAUCCGCCGUGAGGCCGAAGGCUGCGACUGCCUCCAGGGCUUCCAGAUCACCCACUCCCUCGGCGGUGGUACCGGAUCUGGUAUGGGUACUCUCUUGAUCUCCAAGAUCCGCGAGGAGUUCCCCGACCGAAUGAUGGCCACCUUCUCCGUCAUGCCGUCCCCCAAGGUGUCCGACACCGUCGUUGAGCCCUACAACGCCACUCUCUCUGUCCACCAGCUGGUCGAGAACUCUGACGAGACCUUUUGCAUUGACAACGAGGCUCUCUACGACAUCUGCAUGCGCACCCUGAAGCUGUCGAACCCUGCCUACGGUGACCUGAACUACCUCGUCUCCGCUGUCAUGUCCGGCAUCACCACCUGUCUGCGAUUCCCCGGUCAGCUCAACUCUGAUCUGCGUAAGCUGGCUGUGAACAUGGUUCCUUUCCCCCGUCUCCACUUCUUCAUGGUCGGUUUCGCUCCCCUGACGAGCCCCGGCGCUCACUCCUUCCGUGCCGUCACCGUGCCGGAACUCACCCAGCAGAUGUUCGACCCCAAGAACAUGAUGGCUGCUUCCGACUUCCGCAACGGUCGCUACCUGACCUGCUGCUCCAUCUUCCGUGGCAAGGUCGCCAUGAAGGAGGUUGAGGACCAGAUGCGAAACGUGCAGAACAAGAACUCCACCUACUUCGUUGAGUGGAUCCCCAACAACAUCCAGACUGCCCUUUGCGCCAUCCCUCCCCGUGGCCUGAAGAUGUCGUCUACCUUUAUUGGUAACUCCACCUCCAUCCAGGAGCUGUUCAAGCGUGUCGGCGAGCAGUUCAGCGCCAUGUUCCGUCGCAAGGCUUUCUUGCACUGGUACACUGGUGAGGGUAUGGACGAGAUGGAGUUCACCGAGGCCGAGUCCAACAUGAACGACUUGGUGUCUGAGUACCAGCAAUACCAGGAGGCCGGUAUUGACGAGGAGGAGUACGAGGAUGAGGCUCCUGCCGAGCACGAUGAGGAUGGCUGGUCCCAAUGUAGACGGAAGCUGGAUAUCAAUCAAUCACGGAUCGAGUAUCUACUCGGCUUAGGUGCAGAUCCCAACGUCCAAGGGGGAGAUCACGGAACGGCCCUGCAGGCAGCGGCGUGGUCUGGCCAAGCUGAAUCUGUCAAGCUUUUGAUCGAGAAAAGGGCUCUUGUUAAUGGACGAGGUGGUAAGUAUGGGAGUGCAUUAAACGCUGCUAUCAUCAUGGACUACUGGAAUAUUGUCAAGAUGUUGCUUGAGAAUGGUGCAACGCCGGACUUUCACUGGCGGGAUGAGAUGGACGAGGAUUGGCUGGCCGAGAUUCAGAAAGAACAUGGGCGAGGGGCUGUAGAAAAGUAUGGGAAGUUCUGGGAAGUGGAAAGGAGGAAGUCAUCUAGAAUAAACCCAGAUAACAACAUAGGGAUGAAAAAGGCUUGA